UCAGCCGCGCCGAAAAGACCUCUGACCUCCAAAGAAGGCCCGCUCGGUAAGCCCACCCCGAAGGCUUAUGUCCGCGCCUUUGAUUGGUGAGUUCAAGGAUCCCUCAGUUUAGAGCGUCCAAUGGGAGCUCGGCCGGGACCCAGCGACCCCGCCCCGUGCCCCGCGCCGGGGAGCGUCGGAGAGUAAAUACAACAGGAGCGCAAAAUGGCGGAACCGCCGAACCCCGCUCACGGCGCCGUCGCCGUCCUCUCCGAGAAGGAAGCGCUCGGUAAACUGCAGCCUUCGUCGCGCGAGCCACCGGGUCCCGUGUCCGCCAAGAAGGUUCGGACUGAGGAGAAGAAGGCGGCACGGAGAGUGAACGGAGAAGGGGGCAGCGGCGGGAGCGGCAGGCAGCUGCAGCCGCCCGCUGCACCGUCGCCACAGAGCUACGGCAGCCCGGCGGCUUGGAGCUUCGCGGCUCUGUCCGCCGCCGCCGCCUCCUCCUCCUCUUCCUCCUCCCCGGCCUCUUCUCGGAGCUGCUUCUCCUUUUCCGCCAGCCCGGCCGUCUCCUCGGCCCCCGCUUCCUCGGCUCAGCCGGUGCCGCGCAAACUGCUGGUCGCUCCGUCGCUGCUGCACGCCCAGCCGCACCGCGUCCUGCUCCCGCCCGUCGCGCCGCCGGCCGCCAAGCCGCGCAGACCCAAGGAGAAGCGCGAGAAGGAGAAGCGGAGGCACGGCCUCGGCGCCGCCGCCCGCGAUGAGAACGGAGAGGCGAAGCCGCCGCCGCCGCUGCUGCUGCCGCGAGAUAAAAUCAAAGACAAAAUUAAAGAGAAAGACAAAGAAAAAGAGAGAGAGAGAAAGAAGCAUAAAGUAAUGAGUGAGAUCAAGAAAGAAAAUGGCGAUGUAAAGAUCUUGCUGAAAAGUGGGAAGGAGAAGCCAAAAACAAAUGUAGAAGACUUACAAAUAAAAAAAGUAAAGAAGAAAAAGAAAAAGAAACACAAAGAGAAUGAAAAACGGAAGCGUCCAAAAAUGUACAGCAAAUCUAUUCAGACCAUCUGUUCAGGGCUGCUGACUGAUGCUGAAGAUGAAGACGCAAAAGGCAUCGUAAAUGAUACUGUAAAGGAUUACGUUGGAAAAAAUUUGGAUACCAAGAACUGUGAUUCGAAAAUUCCUGAUAACAGUGACUUUCCAUUUGUCUCAUUAAAGGAGCCACGCGCUCAGAAUAACCUUAAAAGGUUGGACACUUUGGAGUUCAAGCAGCUCAUUCAUGUUGAGCACCAGCCUAACGGAGGUGCGUCCGUCGUCCACGCCUACAGCAAUGAGCUCUCCUGCCUGUCUCCCGUGGAGAUGCAGAGAUUUGCAGAAGAAUUUGUGGGGUUAGUGUUCAGUGAAAAUGAAAGUUCUGCAGCUUUCUAUGUAAUGGGUAUUGUUCAUGGGGCAGCUACUUAUUUACCUGACUUUUUAGACUACUUUUCAUAUAAAUUUCCCAAUUCACCAGUGAAAAUGGAGAUAUUGGGAAAGAAAGAUAUAGAGACAACGACUAUGUCCAAUUUUCAUGCUCAGGUAAAAAGAACAUAUUCUCAUGGUACUUACAGAGCUGGUCCGAUGCGACAGAUAAGCCUGGUGGGAGCAGUUGAUGAAGAAGUGGGAGAUUACUUCCCUGAGUUUCUGGACAUGUUGGAGGAGUCACCAUUUUUAAAAUGUACAUUGCCAUGGGGAACACUGUCUAGUCUAAAAUUGGAGAGUCGGAAGGACAGUGACGACGGCCCCAUCAUGUGGGUGCGUCCAGGAGAACAAAUGAUCCCUGUGGCUGAUAUGCCAAAGUCACCCUUCAAAAGGAAAAGGACUACCAAUGAGAUAAAAAAUCUUCAGUAUCUACCUCGAACCAGUGAGCCUCGGGAGAUGCUGUUUGAAGAUAGGACGAGAGCCCAUGCAGAUCACAUAGGACAAGGCUUUGAACGACAGACAACAGCAGCUGUUGGAGUGCUGAAGGCUGUACACUGUGGACAGUGGCCUGAUCAACCCCGAAUAACCAAAGAUGUAAUUUGUUUUCAUGCAGAAGAUUUUUUAGAAGUAGUUCAACGAAUGCAACUAGAUUUACAUGAACCUCCACUGUCCCAGUGUGUCCAGUGGGUUGACGACGCCAAACUUAACCAGCUGAGGAGAGAAGGCAUUCGCUAUGCCAGGGUUCAGCUGUAUGAUAAUGACAUUUAUUUUAUUCCAAGGAAUGUUGUCCAUCAGUUCAAGACAGUUUCAGCUGUAUGCAGUCUGGCAUGGCAUGUUCGGCUUAAAUUAUAUCACGCAGAGGAGGACACUUGUCACAGUACGGUUACUCAUGAAAAAGGCAUGUCGUCGGGCCCCACAUCAUCAGUUCUCGGACCUCACACUGAGAACAUGAUUUGUGCUGUGAACCAAACCUCGUCAGACUCUGUGUUUUCAGACAAACUUCGUUCUAAAUAUGAAUUACAACAAAUUACACAUGAACCUAUUGCAUCUAUAAGAACCAAGGAGGAACCUGUGAAAGUUAAUAUACCUGAAAAGACCAGAACACCAAAUAAUAUAGAAGGCAAGAAUGUUAAGGCAAAGUUGGAUCAUGUUCAGUUUUCAGAUUUUCACAUUAACAUGGAUUCUAAAUUUGAAAACACCAACAAAGACUUAAAGGAAGAAUUGUGUCCUGGAAGUCUCACUAAUAUUGUUGAUACAAGGCAACACGGUUCUCUACAGUCAAAUCAAGAUAAACAUGAUGAUGACAAAUUGUGCUAAAUUUGUACAUUUCAAAUUCCUUUAAAAAUAAUUUGUAAUAAUGAUUCAUGAAAUCUGAAAGCAAACCUAGGAACUGCUCUCAAGUCUGUUACAAAAUAUAGUUUAUGUAGCUUUGUAACAUUCCUCAGUGCCUGUCCAUAACUGUGAAGUAUCAAGCACUUAGGGCCAGAUGCACUGUAAAUCUUGCAGGGUUAAAUACCAAGGAGGCUCUAGAAAGUCAUUGGAGUUUUAGGUUUUAGAAUAGAGCUGAAAAAAUCAUAUAAAUAUAUUUUUUUGUAAUAUGAGCCAGAAUUCUUUUUUUGACAAUUUAAGGUUUUGCCAUAGAGCUUAUUUAUACCAACUUUUUUUUUCCAUUUAAAAUGUGUUAGCACUGUAGUGUAAAUAGCCUUAAAAAGUCUUUUUAGUGUGAUUUAUAUUGAAACGUGAGCCACUUAAUAAAGGUUCAUAUUAAUAAAUGCUUUCUGUUGAAUUUGCAAAAACAUACUGACAAUUUAGUUUAAUUGUUUGAUACAUUAUGUUCCUGUUAAUAUAUACAUGUGGGAGGGAAAAGUGUGUUCAAAUCUAGCAAAUGUUUAAAUUUUCCGUGCUGUACAAGCAUUCAAAAAACUAGGAUUCAGUUAUGAAGGCAUAUACAUAUAUACUUUAUGUGUGUGUGUGUGUGUGUGUGUGUACAUGAAUGCUUGGGAUUGUAUAAAUGUAUAUUGUUUUGCACAAUUUCUUAAAUUGAUGAAUAUAUAAAAAUUCUUAGUGCUACUUCCUGGAAUACAUUCUAAAGUAUUUAUGUUCAACAAUAAGAAAAUAAUUUAAUAAGAGUUUUAGAAGUUGGGAGAAACUAAUAUGAUGAAGUUAAUGUGGCCAGAUUCUUUAGCCCUAGUGUAACUUUUUUUGUUGUGUAAGUAAUAAGCAUAGAAAAUUUUCUAAUAAGCACCUGUAUUUUAAUAAUAGCCAAGUAAAAAAUUGACAUACAGAAAAUUUAAUUAUGAGCAAUUAAAAGUCGUCUUUUACGUUUUUCCAUAUCACAAAAACGAGAUUUUAAAAUAAGGGCGAUGGUAGUGACUCAGCUGCCAUGUACAGAUGUAACUAACACAACACUGUCAGCUCAUCUUCCUCAGGACCCCUCCCCAGCCUGCAAAGCAAAAGCAGGGUGUACUUCCUCCUCUAAGGAUGCUCUAGGAGGUUCACUGUGUAGGAAACAGGAUGGCCAGUGCCGGCAAGGUGAGUAAAGAAAUCUGCAUCCACGACUUCAGCACACUUUCAGUCUGCUUCCACUUCCAUCAUUAAAGGCUAAGAAAGUAUCUGGUGUGUGCAGGUGGAAGCAGUUUGCUCUUUGCAUUAUUCUGGGCCCUCUUGAUUGCUGAUUUUUCAGUUGUUUUUCCUUGUGCUGCACUGUCUUUUGGGAGACCACUAUUUCCAUUUCAGUAGGUUCCAUUUCCACCUCAUCUUUGGUAAGCUGUCAAAGCUUAUGUUACUAGUUGGUGAGAAAUCACUUAGAAAAAUGUAUUUCCCCAGAACUGAUAAAACUCAACUGCAGCAACAGUGGGAAGUCUUAUCUCCUGACUUAUAGGAUAGGCAAAUAAAAUAGGAAAUUGUGGUGGCUUAUAGAAGGAACUCAGGAUGCUUGCAGUGGCAGAAGUGUUGUGGAAUAGAGAAGUUAAAAAUCUUGACAGUAUAUAUAGGGGUUUGAUUCAUAUGUAAUUAGCUGUUGUUCACUGUACUUCUUUAAUCCACUUUAAGCUAAAUUUAGGGUCUUCGUCUUCCUUAAAAUAGGAACCAAAAAUUCUUAAACAGGUAUUAAAUAGGAAGGGAUAUUGUUAAGGUUUUGUUUUUAAGUUGGUGGUGAUACAUUUAUCAUAGCAUGUUUUAUUUCCAGUCUCAUAUAUGCAGGCACACUGUAAGGAAAUGCUGUUAGAGUGUCUCCAAAACAUAUGAGCCUUAAGUUUUAGCUUAAAGAAGGCAUAUCUGAAACAGCAGAGCUAUUUCUUUUAGGUAUAGUUUCUUUGA